ACCCCCAUCUGACCACACUGGCGAUGUGGUGUGACCAAAUUCGUGCUCGCUCCGCGAGUCCGUAAAAAAACAAUUGCGAAAUUAUACAAGAAACUAAACAAAUAAACGCGUAAAAUUAACGAAAACAUGUGCAGCGGCUGCUAGAAACGUGCGCGUACACAACGGGCCAGUGAAAUCGUUCAGGUGCGAGUGAGAGAACACGCGUACGCGUCACUAGCAACAACAACAAACACAGUGCACCAACACGCUCAUAUAAACACACCAACUCACACACACACCUACACACCCAUACAUAAACACCGACGCACAUGCAACAAAAAUAAAAUAAAAACAAAAAAGAACAAGCGAAAAUAAUAACAAAAAUAAAUUUGAUAAAAAUAAUUAUAAAAAAAAGGCAGCUGCCAGUGUGCUAGAAAAUAUCUAAGAGAAAAUUGUUUAAAAGAAAGUUUUUGCAUAUUAAAGUGAGCCAAAAGGGAGAACGUGGAGAAGAGUGCCCAAAAUUAAAAAUUAAAAAGCAUUUAAAUUUUAAAACAAAGAAAGAACUUAGGAACACAAAUAUAUUUAAACAAAACUAACAAAUACUUCUUAUUAAUCAACAAAUAACAGUUUAAUGUCUUAAACUAAACAAAAGGGCACCCAAUUUGUCCCAAUUUCCCAGCCUAGUCUUUGUUUUAACUAUCUGCACUUCCUGGUUAAUCACCCCUUACUCACAUUUAUUAAAAAUUUCACGUUUUUUCCUCCUUAUCAGCUGUUAUAAACAUACAUAUAUAUAUUCAAACCACCCACUUGCCACCCCCUCUCCCUUGUUGCACCUGUAAAGAACAGGUGACUAAUGUACUGUUCACGUAGCUUGUCAGCUGCUGGCGCCGUGGAAACAACAAAAACAACAAAUCUAACAUCCUCCACAUCGACAACAACAACAGCUUUCUACAAGGCAGCUACGUCGGCGUCGGCAGCGGCCUCUGUCUGCACAACACCAACAACAAAGUCAAAAACUAAAGCUAUGGCCACCACAACAACAACAACAACAACGGCAACAAAUGCUAAAGAUGGCGUCACCAUGCGCGAGAAGAAAGGCGGAGCCCUGCAGAAGCUCAAGAAGAGGCUUUCGCACAGUUUUGGAAGAUUAACAAUUUCCCGCGAAGAUGGCGAGGAGUCGACGCACCACCAUCACCACCACCAUCAUCAUCGCGGUGGACAUGGCGGGCACCACAACCACGGUAACAAAGUUCCAUACAACGGCUACAAUUCGGAGGAAUACUUGGACCGACUCGAACCGAAUGGCAAUAUACCCGCUGACAAGACAAACUGCAGAUAUGGAGACUGGCGCAGCACGGACAGCACCGACCAUCAUGAUCGCGUCCAGAGACAGCUUUCCGUGUCCUCUGACAGCAAAUUGCUGGACGAGGACAUCCGCGAGGAGAUGAAGUACCAUUCGCACGUGGUCAUGCGUCCCAAGAAGCCGCCCAGACCCAAGUCCGAGGUCUUUCUGAACAAGCAGGAAACGCAUCCGCGACGCAAACGAUUCAGUGCAUUUGGUGGCGACUCCCCAUUUGGCAAGCAGGAGGCCUAUGUCAAACUCGAACCGCUGGGCGAAGGGUCCUAUGCGACGGUCUACAAAGGAUUUAGCAAAUUAACCUACCAGCGGGUGGCGCUGAAGGAGAUUCGGCUGCAGGAGGAGGAAGGAGCUCCGUUCACCGCGAUUCGCGAGGCCUCGCUGCUGAAAGAACUGAAACACAGCAACAUCGUCACGCUGCACGACAUCGUCCACACGCGCGAGACGCUGACCUUUGUCUUUGAAUAUGUGAAUACGGAUCUGUCGCAAUACAUGGAGAAGCAUCCGGGCGGCCUGGACCAUCGCAACGUGCGUCUGUUCCUCUUCCAGCUGCUCCGUGGACUCUCCUACUGCCACAAGCGGCGCGUCCUCCAUCGGGAUGUCAAGCCGCAGAACCUGCUCAUCAGCGACUGCGGCGAACUGAAGUUGGCCGACUUUGGAUUGGCCAGGGCCAAGAGCGUGCCCAGUCACACCUACUCCCAUGAGGUGGUCACGUUAUGGUACCGCCCGCCAGAUGUCCUGCUGGGCAGCACCGAGUACUCGACCUCGCUGGACAUGUGGGGCGUUGGCUGUAUCUUUGUGGAGAUGGUGACCGGGAUGCCGACGUUUCCGGGCAUACGUGAUACCUAUGAUCAGCUGGACAAGAUAUUCAAAUUGCUGGGCACACCCACUGAGGACACGUGGGCGGGGGUCACCCACUUUCCCGGCUAUAAGCCGCACAAGCUGGGUUUCUAUCGACCGCGGAAACUGGGUCACAACUUCCCACGACUGUACGACAUCAUCGAGGGCGAGACGAUAGCGAACGGCUUCCUGCAACUGAAUCCGGAGCAGCGUUUGGGCGCCGAUGAUGCACUGCAGCAUCCGUACUUUGCGCAGUUGCCAAAGAAACUCUACGAAUUGCCAGACGAAACCUCAAUUUUCACCGUGGAAGGCGUGCAGCUUUAUACGGAGCCAAAUCGACAGAAUAAAUGAAAAUUAAAGCAAGUCCUCUCUGUGGAUGGCGUACGUUUCUACUGUUAGGAUCCCAGUCCCUAACACCCAUCACCCAAUCACCAACCUCCUGGACUAUCAAUCUGUCAAUCAACCUAUCGCAUCAUCCAGCAAUCGACAGCCAUAUAUAUAAUGCAAGAAGGAACUUCGAGCGAGCGGGCCGAAGUUUUGUACUAUAAUUCUAUGAUACUUUUUAGUUAUUAGUUCGAUUUCGCAGUGAGUUUAGCUGAGGGAGUUUAGCAGAAGACACGGCAGACAAAGGCAUUUUUUAAUUUCAGUCAAAAAGUUAGUUUAGAUUUCUCCUGGCCAUCGCUGCAGCCGCGUCGAAAAGGAUACUCAGUUUAGUCAAGGCGCAUGGUUUUUUCUGUAUUCUUUUGUAAGCUAAAACAAAAACUUACUUUUAAAGUUAGCUUCUAGUGAGUGCGUUGCCUCCGUGGCUUACGCAAUACGUUCGUUUGCAAUGAGUGAGAGAUAAUAAUCAUCAUCGUCAUCGUCAUCGUCAUCGUGUCUGUAUUUCGUUUCCAUUCUUUGUCCUUAGUUCUUAGUAAACAUUUUCGGCUGACAAGUGUUGAAUUGCCAAUAAAAAAUAUUAAAUUGGUUACUGCUUUAAUAGAGUGCAAUUAAUAAAAGUUAAUGGAUUGGCGGUAAUGAGCCUAAAAAUAAAUCAAUUAAUCAACGGAAAUGUGCUCGGUAAAUUAACGAUUAUUUCGCAAAAAUUCAACAAUUAUACAAAUGUGACUCACAGUCACAGCUCUUUUAAACCCUUCGAUUGUAUGAUUUUGUAGCUCGUCCUUUGUCCCCAUCAAUUAUACAAAUUCGCCGCGCUGUUUAAGUGAUAAUUUUAUAACUAUUAAAUGAAUUUAUGUAAAAAGCAAGUAAAUCAAUCUUAAAAGAUAUGUAAAACAAAUAAAUUUAAACCAUUUAUACCAUUUA